GCUUUUCGCGUACUGGGCAGCCUCUCCGAUCCAGCCAGACGCAUCUCGCCACCAUGGUCCGCUCCACGUUCUUUGUCCUAACCGCCGUGCUGGCGCUGGCCGCGGCGGAGAACCGCCUGCUCUCGCAGCUGGACAACAUCAACGUCGACGAGGUGCUGGCAGACCCGGCCAGGGUGGACGCCGCCGUCAGAUGCUUCCUCAGCGACACAGACCAGGACUGCAACGUCCGCUCCAAAGUCGUCAAGAGUCUUAUAUCGGAGAUGGUGAAGACCAACUGCGGUGAAUGUUCGGACGGGCAGAAGGCUGGCGUCGCCAAGUUCCUGGCGUUCAUCUCGAAAAACAAGCCAGAAGAGAUGAAGAAGCUGCUCGCCAAAUACGACCCCAACGGCGAGGCUCUCGCCAAGUAUGGUGACAGCUGGAGGCAGAAGGGCAUUACCGUCUGAAGAUGAAAAGACUCACUUAUAUUACACUGUCUGUAUGUUCAUAAGUAAAAUAAAAUGAAAACAUACAUUUUGGCUA